UCUAUGUCGUUGUAUUGUAUAUUGUGUUAGAUGCGCCCCUGUGUCGGCUUAAAUGUCGUUGUUCACGUUUAAAUAUAAAGUGAGUUAGAAUCUAGGUGUCCUGCGGUAUAUAUUUGGUUAUUUCGCGUGUUAAUGUGUGAGGCAUUUCGUAGUUGAUAAAUAGCACCCUUGAUGCUAUCUGGAGAUCGAAUAACUGUGACCUACAACAAUAGUUUUCUGUGUUACCCGAUAUCUAUUCCAAGAUUCCGAGCAUGGAUAACUGCCUACUACAGUACUGCCUAGGGGUUCAGAAACUCUCUCAUAGCAUAUUGCCAAUACGAACGUAUAGAUUACAGCAGUAUAACAUGUAGGCCUAUACGUGUGUGUGUGUGUGUGUUCUACGGAAGUGUGCCAAGGUUGCCGCGGUCGUGUUUUGACUUAGUAUGUUAAAUGCACACGUUCAGAUUAAAAUUUAGCUGUGUGUUUCUUUUGUUUUGACGCCUCUGCUUCAGUUGAACAUGCGUGAUGACAACGAGUUAAAAGUGGAGCUGAAAUACAGGCAGAGAGAGAGAGAGAGAGAGUAACAGACAGACAGCGGCACAAGAGGCAGAUAAACUGCCAGACAGACAGACAGACGAAAGAGUUUACAUCAGCACGAGGAAAUGUGUUUUGCUGGUUCCUCUUCAGGUUGCUGUUAUUGACAGAAAAGCAGAGUGGGGUUCAACAAAGAUGAACCGGUUCCCAGGGACCCUCGUUAAUGAAACUCUUCUUGUAAAAAGGUAAAAGACUUGAAAAAAAUAACACUGCAUAGAGGGCUCACGCUUUCGUAGCCCUGACAAUGGGGUAAAAGUUUACGACACACUUUCCCCCUGCGACACAGUUACCUACGCUCCCAUUGGACCUUUGUUAGGUGCUGUCUACUUUCCUCAACUACACAGCCUAAUCCAGCUCGUGGAGUGCUGUGUAUACAUGUUUGCGUGUGUGCCGCUGAGAUUUAACAGUUAUUAAUUACAUCAAACCACUUUUGAGGCAACUUCUUCAUCAGAUGAAAAUUAAUUAGAGAAAUUCGGAGGUGAAGCGGUUUCGUCCCCAGCAUCCAGAAGAAUUUAACGUGGAACAAAAAGAAGGAAGACGUCAAAUGUGACUUCUCUCGUUUGAAUGGUUCUCAAAAUGCCGUGGCUCGCCGGCGCAUAACUCAAGCCACAGAACCAGAUGGCCAUGCUCAGCCUGUGCAAGAUCCUGUCCAGGCAGUCUCCCCUUUCAAGGACACUCACCAGCCAGUUUUGGAGGACGACAGCAAGUCAUGCUAGCUCUUCACCUAAGGGAGAUUCGCAUCCCGCACAAUCAGACUCAGACCUUAAGCCUUUCUCUUCUAUCCCGGGCCUCACUGGCUUGUCCACGGUGGGGAAUACACUGAGAACACUAAGGAACAAUCACCAACUGCACCAGAUACAUGAGCGCCAAGCCAAACAAUUUGGCGGUCUAUGGCGGGCCACAGUCGGGAGCUGGAACUUGCUCUUUAUCGCCAACCCUCGUGGGGUCCGGGACGUCAUCAGGCAGGGCAAAGAGUGGCAACGCAUGCGCAGAACGUUGGACAAGCCUAUUCUGAGACCUGCUCUAUUCAGACGUCACGUGGAUAGCUUAAGCGAGGUGUCCUCCGACUUUGUGGACAAGCUUGACACUCUGAGAGACGUGAACGGCGAUGUGUCGAACAUCCAGUCUGAGCUCUUCAAGUGGUCUUUGGAAAGUGCCUGCACGGUACUCAUUAACAAGCGUUUGGGAUGUCUCAAAAGUCAACCGCCAACUGGCGUUCAAGAGUUUAUAAACGCCACUCUGUAUGUGUUCGAGUACAUGUCUAAGCGAAUGCUGUUUCCCACUCCGUUUCUUAAGUUAUUUUAUAAUAAAGAAUGGCGAACUUUCGAGCGUAACUUUGGGAUCCUGUUCAAAGUUGCGGAGGAACAGAUUACUCAGGGAAUGGAGGACACAUCUUUGACGGAGGAGAGUUUCAUUGGUCAUAUUCUGUCACGUGACAAUCUCACGUUAAAGGAAGUGUACUCGAAUGUGACAGAGCUUAUGUUCGCUUCCGUCGACACGACAUCUAACACGGCUCACGCGCUGUUGUGGAUAUUGGCUCGGAAUCCGUCAAUACAACAGCAAUGUUAUCAGGAGAUGAACGAAGUUCUACCUGAUUGGAAGCGGCCUUCAUAUUCCGACCUAGACAAACUGAAGUACACAACGGGGCUUAUCAAAGAGACCCUCAGGUUAUUCCCUCCAGCUUAUGUCACUACAAGAACCUUUUCAGAGGAUGGAGAUGUUUGUGGGUACAAGGUCCCAGCUGGGGUGAGAAUCCUGCUUUCUUUCUAUCCGAUGGGACGUGACCCUAACCUGUUCCCCGACCCGGAAGUCGUUAAGCCGGAGCGCUGGAUCCGGCACGGGGAGACCAGCCACUCAGAACCGGACCCGUUUUCCUCCAUUCCUUUCGGCAUCGGUCUGAGGAGCUGUAUAGGACGCCGUAUAGCCAUGGCAGAAGCUCAGCUUUUAUGCACUGAGAUAGUACGCAGGUACUGUUUAACGAGUAUGACGUCAGAGUUCAACCUAACCACCCGUCUCACCUUGAGUGCCACGGCCCCGAUACAACUCACACUGACCCCGAGAACGUAGGCCGGGCGCGGUCUCUCACCAAAACUCGUUUGUGAAGCUCGUUGGUCGUAAUCUUGAGUGUGUGCCAUCUUGUUGUGUAUUAGCAAUGUUUUAUAAUGACAGGCACAUGAGAAGAAGUAUGUGCACUACCUGUACUAAUUUUUUUUAAUAUGAAAAUUUUAUGUAACGGCACAACUCGAUUUAGAAUAAAUUAAUGUUAUUGAUAUGCAUGUCAUUUACGAUAUAAUACAUGUAUACUGUUCCCACAGAAAUCUCUUCUGAAAAAAUUGUACUUCAGCACUGCACGAUUUUGAAUAAAUGUUAUUGAUAUGUAUGUCA